AUGUUUUCGUUUACUUCUCCUGGGAUGAAAUUCGACGACACCGUUGCACAUGGAGGAGGACCACCUACUUUACAACUGCACGGUCAAACAUCUCAUCAUAUAGGGACGUUGAUGCCGGAUGUUGGACAUCAUCCCCAAUAUGCUCAACUAUAUAUAUAUGACACCGACAAUGAAGUAGAUAACAGGAUGAAAUUCUUCAGGGACAAUGAUGUUCUCAGCAGGGAUAUUGUUCUUAAGUUAAAGGAUAUGUUGGAUGAAUGCAAUCCUCAUGCAAGGGCAUUUCGAAUGGCAAGAGAUCUUUUGAGAGGAAAUGAGUUCUUAGACUUGAAGAUACGACUAAUCAGUGAUAGGGCUGAAGAUGGCCGUGUAUACAAUACACCAACUGUGUCAGUAGUGGCUGCUCUAAUUGUUGGGGAUAUCGAUCCCACAACACAGAGAGACAUCAUCGUCCAUGCACGCGAUGGCCAUUUGCAAAAAAUUACUGAAUUUCAUCCUGCUUAUUUGGCCUACCAAUACCCGCUCAUUUUUGUUUAUGGGGAGGAUGGAUAUAGGAAAAAUAUACUGCACAGGUAUGAACAUGAAGCUGAGGUUACCAGGAAAAAUCGCCAAUCAAUCAAAGAUUGGCUGUGUUUUCGUUUGCAAGAGCGCAAAGCUGAGGCAAUGACAUUGCUUCACUCAAGACGGCUUUUUCAACAGUUAUUGGUCGAUGGGUUUGCAAUGAUGGAAUCAAAACGUCUCAAUUGGUUGAGGACUAACCAGUCCAAGUUACAAGUUGGAAAAUAUAAUCAGUUGAAUGAGAAAACUCACGGGGCUCAAGCGAACACAGCACCAAAGCGAGGAAAAAGGGUAGUUUUGCCAUCUACUUUUAUUGGGAGCAAGCGUUACAUGGACCAGCUAUAUUUUGAUGGUAUGGCCAUUUCAAGUAAGUUGGGCUUCCCAGAUUUGUUUGUUACGUUUACUUACAAUCCUGCUUGGCCUGACAUAGAACGUGCAUUAUCUGGCACUAAUUUAAAGCCACAUGAUAGACCUGAUCUCAUAACCAAAGUAUUCAAAAUCAAAUUUGACGAUCUCAUGACUGAUAUAACCAAACGGCACGUGCUCGGGAAGGUUAUUGCAUGUAAUGAUUCUUUCCAACUUCUCUUUAUUGUAGAUAUUCAUACUCUUUGGUUAUUGACAAUGCAAACUAAUUUAACAUGUGUUGUUUCGUUACAGUUAUGUACACUAUUGAAUUUCAAAAACGAGGAUUGCCGCAUGCUCAUAUAUUAG